UCUGUAGGGCAGGCAGGCAGGAAGCAUGUUAAGAAGCAGAAAAGGUGCCUAAUUAAUGAGAGCAGAUGCAAAGGUAGAGGCUGCCGGGUGAAUCACAUGCAGCCGCACACAUCUCAUGCCUGCUCUCCCAGCUGAAAGGCUGCCCUGCUCUCCCAGCUCUGCCCCCUUUCCCUCCUCCUCCAGCCUAGUACUUCGAAGCUGCUUCUUGUCUGCGCAGAGAGAUCCUCCUCAGCGAGAGAACUGGCAGCCUCGGGUGUUGCCACAUCAACAGGAGAAGCCGCUUCUGAAGAGGCAUGGCUGGGGGAGGUAGAGGCAGCCAGGUUGCAGCAUCCUUAUGCCUGGCCUGGACACUCUCCCUGGCCCUGGCCUCUUUCCCUCAGCGAGUGAGUGGACGAGUGGACUGGACUCAGGAAAAGGUAUGUCGGGGGUCUCUCUCGCCCUCUCUCUGGUGGCUUUUUGUAAUUUUGCUUCUGUGUGGAGGGUUACGUGUAGCAUGUGGAGGGAGGGAAUGACAGGGAUGAAGGGAUUUGGUGUGGGCAAAGGUCACAGGCCUCUCAGUCACCACGGCUUUGCAGGAUUUAAAAUAGUUUAUCAGGCAUCAGAUUUCUCUAUCCUUACUGGCAAAUCACUGGUGCCAAGGUGCGCCUUUAAGAUGAUAAUAUGGGUGUGUGGGAGGAAUGAACUCUCUGUGGUGUUCCAGCAGCUAUUAUGUCUUUUAUAUUUCCACUUAUUAUAUAAUUGUGUAUGUUUCUAUAUGUGGAUUUCUCAGAAGGGCCUUAAGGCAGAUGAUCUAGUAGGGCGAUUGUGUAUGUUAAAAAUAGGCGAUCUGGCAGGGUGGUGUACAAGUAAAUGCCACCCACUCAGCCCAAUCAUCUUGACACAAUGCAGAGCACCCCAAAAAACCAGGAGGGAAAGACAAGCAAAUGCACUCUAGACACAGGCUGAGAGUGAAUCACAGUGACUCAAAAGAGGGCAUGGUCUGAAGGCAGAUGAUGUGCCAACCUUUCAAAAGCAGUUCUGGGUCUGAUUGGUGCCUGGAUGGCAGGCUUGUGUGUGUGUGUGUGUGUGUGUGUGUGUGUGUGUGUGUGGAGUUCCAUGAUGGAAGAAAAGCAGGGUACAAAUGCACUAAGUAAAAGGACAAACUACAAUGCACCCUACAAUACAACCUUCACUGCAUGUACAACAGUCAAAUUCUGCAUACACUCAGAAGUCCCAAUGAGUUCAACUGGACUUAAUCCUAAACCAGAAUGGUGCACUGUAUUUUGAGGUAACCUUAGAGCACACACUUGGUAUAUGCUGGUACCCCAGGAAUCUCAAAUUAAGCUUCUCCAAAUCUGCUCAGAAACUAAAAUGGUGGCUAACUUUGUAACUAGAUUAGAGCUAUAUACUUAGGUUAUAUGGUUAUAACCAUAUAUGGAUCUGGUUACCAUUUUAUAUAUAUCAAGGUGCUUGUUGAUGGAGACAGACACGUAAUGGACAAUUGUAUAUACUGAGUUUAAUUAAGUUUUCUCCUACUGAGUUUAAGUAAGCUUUCUCCAAAGUAAGUGGGUAUAGCAGGGGCCUCCAACUUUCUUGGCCCCAGAGGAACAUUUUCAAAUCUAAAGAAAUGGUUAGGGGCACCACAAAAUACCCAUUUCACUGAAUAAAAAACUGGGCAUGUUCAGAACCCCUCUCUGCAAAUCAGCACCUACUCACCCCAAAACAAACAGACCGAAGAAAGCAGGAGACCCCCUCCAAAAGACAGGCAGCCCUCCCCUACCAACAAAACAAAACAAACCCUACAAUAAAAAAAUGAGAGGGCAGUGGGGUGUCAGGUGUGUCCUGCUACUCCAAGGCACAUCAGAUUUCAACCUUAUUAAACAAUGCACACUUCUUUUCCCCUAUGAUAACCAUUCUGAACCAAACUGGACAAGGCUCUCAUAAGAUAGUGUGCUGCUGUUAAGUGUGGUUGUGGUUGUAGAAGGUUUGGCUCAGCCACUGAUGCAAGUGCAAAGCUGAACAAUCAACAUGCACUGCAUUGUGUUUUGGGGAGGGUUUCUGUGUGGCCAAAGAAGUUCAGGAAGCAUGUUUUGAAACUUCAUGCAAGCUUGCCUAUAAAUGCUAACUUCGGACACUUAUGUGCUAUCCUACCGUAUUAAUAAUGCAUUGCAUUACAUUCAAUAAUGCUACAUGUUUACUGCCUGGUUAGCACUCUUAUGCUGGCAUAAAGUAAAUGCAAAUUAGUCCCUUAGACCCUGAGAUACCAGGCCUCCUGGGUUCAAUUCAAUUCCUGUUGAAGGCAAUGGGGAAAUGGGGGUUAUUUUUAACCACAGUAGACUAUACGCUUAAUACUAGUGUGUCACAGAAAGCCCUGAUGCGUCUUUAAGCCUUAUGUUUUUAAGGACAAGCAAUUAUUUACUCCUUCCCCUGCUGCUUUUGUCACAGGUUUGAUGUAAUCUAGGGCAGUGAUGGGGAACCUGUGGUUCCCCAGAUACUGUUGGACCCCAACCUACAUCAGCUCCACCUAGCAUAACCAAGGAAAAUUGUAGUCUGGAGGAGCAUAGCUUCCCCAUCCCAGAUUUCAGACCACGGCAAGCAAGGUAGCAUCUGUAAGUUCCUUAUUACAAGAUCAUAUGCCAAGCCUAAAUAUGGAUUUCCCCCCCUGUUCACAAGAGAGUCCCUAAUGCUGUACUUUUGUAAUAUCUUUGUUAUGAAGUCUGUGAUAAUUGUGGCCAACAUUAAGCGCUGUCUAGUUUUCUGCUGCUUCUGAUCAUCCAUUUUAAGAGAACAUAUGAUUUCCUGACAUCAAAGUGUCUUAUAAAAUAAUGGCUCUGUCUGUGUGCAUAUGAUGUUAAAACACAUACAAUGGGGCCACAGAUGCAGUCCAGGAUUUAUGCCAAAGUAGGCAGAAAAAUAAUGGCAGAAUUUAUCCACUUAAGGGCAAGUAAACAUGGCAUUUCAGUUGCUGCCGUUGUUUUAACUUCCUGCUGCUCACCCAUGUGUCAGCUCAAAAUCUAGUGCUACUUCCUUUUCCCUUUCUGCAGCUGCGUACACACUAUAUCUUUGAAGCACAUUUGAAACACGUCGUACCACAGAUUGCUGUAACUCCUAUAUUUCCUGCUUCAUAAUACACUUCCAUUUGCACAGCUGUUGCACUGGAAGCACAACCAGUAUUUUCACACAACAGCCCUAGCACUGGUGGUCAGAGAGAACCCGGGCUAUAUAUCACAGCCUGGUUCUUUGGGAGCUUCCAGAUUACCAGUAUAUUGAGCACUCAUCCUAAUUUGUUUGUGAGGAGGCUGGGCAAUGUUGAACACUUUCCACUGUGUCUUCCCAUCGCUUUCCUUAUCACAAAAAGUCUGAUAUUUGGGGGUACUGCAUUUAUUGCAGAAAACAUCCCAAGCAAUUAUAACUGUAUGUGAUUGAUUCCCGCUCCAAAAUUGUAGUCGUCUGGAAGUGCGUUAUGUUUUCUAUUAAUGCUCCUUUUUAUUUGUUUUUUAAAUAAACCCAUAAAGAAAGUCAUGCAUAUCACAAUGUGAAUCAUUUAUUUCCUUAAUUUGGGGGGGGGGGGAGAAGAUGUACAUAUACACCCCCCUGCCUUUCUACUCAAAAGGAGACCCAGCUCAGCUUACAACAUGAAAUUAUAGGGAGGGGAGGCAUGUUACAACUUUUCAAAACUAUAAUGCCUUUAAUCAGUGAUCAGACCUAGCAAUUCCAUUUCUCCAUUUAUUUCUUGUGCUUCCAAAGAAAAUGUAUUCUUCUGCAUUAGCAUGAUUAUAGCAUUACUGUAUUUUGUCUUAUAAUGGCAGUCACUGGCUACAGUAAAUGUUUGUUUGGUCCUGCCAGGAAGAUUGCUGCCGUAUGUGUCUUUUAUUGAUUUUCAUGCUAAGCGUGCUCAUUUCUCCCCGCUAACAUCAUUCUAAUCUCACUGUGGUUCAAAGAGCCCUGUUGGCUAAGAUGCAUAAUGCUUUCCACUAUUCAUACUUCAAGAAAGCUAUAAUUUAAGAAUCACAGUACAGUGGUGCCUUGCAAGACGAAAUUAAUUCGUUCUGCGAUUUUUUUCGUCUUGCGAUUUUUUUCGUCUUGCGAAACACGGUUUCCCAAAGUCUUCAAAAUCACCAAAGUCUUCAAAAACCUCAAAAAAGGCUACCACACCGCGUGCUAUGAGUUGCUCCUCGAAGUCACCCUGGGUAUUAACGGUUUUAAGAAAAAGGAAACAAACUUGCAAGACGUUUUCAUUUUUUUCGUUUUUCGUCUUGCGAAGCAAGCCCAUAGGGAAAUUCGUCUUGCGAAGCAACUCAAAAAACGAAAAACUCUUUCGUCUUGCGCGUUUUUCGUCUUGCGAGGCAUUCGUCUUGCGAGGUACCACUGUAAACUGAGCAUGCUAAAAAUUAAGAAAAGAAGAAGAUUAAAAUUCGCAAAGACCCUCUCUCUUUAGCUUUGAGACUUCCCUCCCAAACUAUUUGCAUAUUUUCAUACUUCUCAAAUUAUAUUAUACUGUUUUGAGUUUGGGUUCCAGAGUUUGUGGGUGCAAGGUACCCAUAAUUUCUGGAUUUAGUAAGUGUUUAGUAAGUGUUAGAAUUUAAUCGAUGCUUGGAGUCUUAAAAUGGGCUACCAGAUGCUAGAUUUAUCAUGUUAAAAUACAGAUCAAACAGGAAGAUGGACCAUUAAAAGAGGACAAAAGGGAAGAUGCAGAGCUAUUAAGAAAGCUAUCAGCAAAGCAAAGACUCUGUGCCAGCCAACAAAUGGGUGGAGCCCCUCCCUGAGCUCUGAGAUCCUUAGUCAGAAGACAAUGACAGAGUUUUUGUUAGGAGGAAGUUUUAUGAUUUCAGUUGGCUGUGGUGUGAUUGAGGGGGAAAGGUCUCAGUCUGUUAAACAUAGCAAGCUGGAGAGGAGGGGUCAGAGCACAAUAUGGGCUGUCAGUUUUAACUGGAGGUUGCAGCAAGGGGAGCGGGAGGACCCUCUUGAAGUGUAAUGCUUUGAACCUCUCCAUCUUAGGCUCAGGUUGUAGAUAUGUGUAAAUAAACCAUAUACCAUAAAGACACCACAGUCUCCGCUAUGUCUCAUUUCCCAAGUACUGUAAACACAUACUCUGGAGAAGCGCCUGCACCCCUGGAAUCUUGCACCUCUUGAGGAAGAGUAUAUUUACUUCCACAUGAGGCAGACCCUAAAUUUGGCACACGUGGCAUUCGAAGCCUACUUAGUCAUUAUACUAAUCUGAACAUGAGGCAUUUAUACAUAACUUCAAAAACAUACACCCACCAGAUAUCCCCAGAUGGCUGCAAUACCUAGAAGGCUGACCUUUGUAACAGGCAGGAGCAAGGACAUGGUAAUUACAGGAAUACACCUCAUAUAUACAUCCCACUUUUAUCAGUAUACACAAUGAUGUGUAUACUUUCAAAACACAAAUGUACAUAUGUGUGUGCUUAUUUACCUCAGCUAUGCUCACCUGCAUAGCCUUGCCUUUCUUUUAUUUUUUACCACCCUUCUUGAUAGUCCCCAUAUGCUAUGAAGUCCCACCACCCUUUCUAUCCCAUGACAUUCCCUUAAUGUUGAGAUUCCACUUUGCUUUCAGAUGAAUUAGGAAGUUACUACACAUACUCCGGCUUUUUGAAGUCAGCCCCAGGCUGCUAGUUAUGACUGCUGGCACAGUGGCAUGGAAAAACCUGAAAUGGAUGUCUGUGCAAGUAACAGAUAACCAAUAAGAUCUUUAUUAUGAGAGUUUAUUCUUUAAGAUUGUUGUAUCGGUGACCUGAAAAGAACCAAGCCCCAAAACAGAUGGGUCAGCAAUCUUCAAUAAGUGUUUUUUAUCUAUUACUGUUGUUAUGUUUUCAGUGGUCUGUGUUUGCCUGAGCUUGAGUCUGGACUAAGGAUUCUGAGCUCCUGUGUUCUGAUUCGAUACAUGAUGUCCAAUCACAGAACAUUUCAGGAUUUGGGCCUCUGCUAUUGGCCCUUGAGGGAUACCUGUUCUAAAGGGUCCCCAACCCUCCUCUCUGUUGAUCGGAGCAAAGUCUGGAUCCCACCAGUUAUAUGCAGCAACUAUUAUGCUGAUAUGUUUCUAUGUUUUUCUCUUUUUGGGGGGUGGGACACAUGUGUAUACAUACUUCCAUUGUUUGACACUUUGGAUGAUUAUUUUAACAGAAAACUGCUAAUGGGUACUUUUAAAUAAUACUUCCUACACUACUGUCAUAUACAAAACACUAUAGCAAAAUUCAUCCAGUCAUUCAUUAUGAUUAUUUAUUAUGUUAAAAUAAUCUUGCCUCCAAUUCCUUCCUCAGUACUCCCACCGUCCAACCAUUUUAAAUGCAACUAGCAUCCAACAAGUUGCUGCUCACACAGAUAUCAACCGAAUGUGGCAAAAUGAUUUGCACCCGAUACUGAUUGAGCGAUAUCCAGGAUCACCCGGCAGUUAUGCUGUGCGUCAGGUGAGUCUGACGAGCUGAACGUGCAGUUCACACUGAUGUCUGCAAUAAUCCUUCCCUUUCUGUUUCCAGGAUACCUCUAACUGUCCACCAGUUCUAAGUACGCUGGUUCGCACUGGUUCUCGGUAAAUUACUCACACGAUGGUCUAUUAUAACAACCUGAUAGAUUAUAGGUCACAUUUUGCCAUAAGAAUCUCUGCAUACACAGCAGCGGCUUGGCCCUCCCAACUCUGUAGAACACAAGAGCCUUGCAGAUACAGGCCAGUAGCCCAGCUGCCCAACAUCCUGUUCUCACAGUGGCCAACCAGAUGUCCGUGGGAAGCUCACAAGAGGGCAACAGCACACUCCCCACUUGUGAUUUCUAGCAACUGGGAUGCAGAGGCAUACUGCCUCUGGCAGUAGAAAUAGAACAUAGCCUCCAUAGCAAGAAGGGACGCAGGUGGCACUGAGGUCUAAAACACUGAGCCUAGGGCUUGCCAGUCGGAAGGUCGGCAGAUCGAAUCCCCACGACGGGGUGAGCUCCCAUUGUUCGGUCUCAGCUCAUUGCCAACCUAGCAGUUCGAAAGCACAUCAAAGUGCAAGUAGAUAAAUAGAUAAAUAGCUCUGGCGGGAAGGUAAACGGCGUUUCCGUGCACUGCUCUGGUUUCGCCAGAAGCGGCUCAGUCAUGCUGGCCACAUGACCCAGGAAAACUGUCUGUGGACAAACGUCGGCUCCCUCAGCCAGUAAAGCGAGAUGAGCACCGCAACCCCAGAGUCGUUCGCGACUGGACUUAACUGUCAGGGGUCCUUUACCUUUACCUUACUAUAGCAAGAAGCCACUUCCAACUAUUGUAUUGCUUUGUUGUUUUUGUUUUCAUUACUUAUUUGGGCUUUUAUCUGGUGAACCGCCCUGAGAUCUUUUGAUGAAGGGUGGUAUAUAAAUAUAAUAAAUAAUAGUUAUAAUAAUAAAUAUAUCUGAUCUAGCACCAGUAAUAUAAUAUCACAUUCUCAUAUAAUGGACCAGAUGGCAUAGCUUUGCUUGCUGGAGGAAGAAUUGUAUUCCUCAGUUGCAAAAAAAAUGAAAUAAAAUAGCUACGCUGCAGAUGGGAAAUAUCAAAAAUAUUUUCAGUGGAAGUAGAACUUUGAGGGAAGUUGCACAAAGUGAACACAGAAUGUGUAACAGCUGAGCAUUUAUCCCUUGGAAAGGCCCUCAAACAGCUGUGAGCCAUCUUGUUGCAGUUGCAACCUGAAGACAGGUGAGUUUAAUGAUCUGCAGUUGAUGAGGGGGAGGUGGGUAGCCAGUUUCAAAGAGUAUCUAUUGCAUUUAGUGCUGUAGUUUCCUUGGAGAUUUACUGGCAGAGAGCCCAAACAAAGAGAAAACAGUGACAUCUCUGGCACAGCAGUCAUUGGGCAUGUACAGACAAGAAUCUGUAUUGCUAGGGGAGAAGAGCAAUAUCAAAGUAAAAACUUCCUAGAAAGAAUAUUAAAUUAUGCAAUUGAAUGGAAAUUGGGUUUACCAGAAUGUCUCCUUUAGGUAUAGAUUUCCAAUGUCAAAUAGCAGGUUAGCACUAUCUGCUUGGAGUGGACAAUAUUCAUUCUCAGUGUGUGUGUAUGUGUGUGUGUGUGAUAUCAGUCUCCACCACAGGAUAGGUGAACCAUUGUCCUGAACUCUUGUGUGCAUUUUCCUGCUUUCUUGUUUCAUUAGUAUUCUGUUGUUCCUUCAGUAAUCUCUAAGGUUAUUGACUUCCCACCCCAAAACUGUUGAGGUCUUCACCCGCUUAGUUUUACAGAUGGCAGUGCAUCAGCUUCUCCGGACCUUGGGCUUAAAUGUAAUUUAUUGGGGCUUCCUUCCUCAUAAUGCACAGAGGGAUCCACUGAGCAUCAUGUUUCCAUUACUGCUGGUCCAUCUUAUUUAAUUAUUGCUUCUCAUAUUGCUUAUCAUAAGCACUGAAUCCAGGAUUUCCUGUUCAUUGGCUUGAUUUCAUGGAAGUGAAUCAAGAGCUAUCCUUUAGUCACAUCUCUCUUCAUUUGUACAGCAUGAUUCUUACGCAUACGUAUUGAAGUGUUAUAUAAGAUGCCCUGUUAAACCUUUAUUCCAAUAACAUGAAAUGUGCCGCAGGGACCAUUUCUAAAGCAGAUGAGACACGUUGCUAAGGAAACAUCAAUGAGGGGCAAUUAAAUGUCAUUAACUGACAGCAGCUAGGAUCCCAAACCUGGUUGCCUUCUGUGACAGCACAGGCUUUAGCAAGCAUUAGGAGAGGAAAGGGAGGCAAGCAAACCAACUGCUCUGUCAUCUUAACUUCACCGCUGACACCAAGUGGAUACCCAGGUUUAUCUCUGGCUGCCUCCACUGAACAACCUUUAAUCUUCUGGACUUUAACUGGCCCAAACUAUUACAAUUCAAUUCAAUUCCAGUUCAUUACCCCCAGGUCCCAGGGUGAGUUACAAUAAUCAAAACAAAAUGUUAAAAACAAUUUAGAACAACUUACCACCUCUACUCCCAAUAAUGGGUAGGGUGGUACGGUCAGAGUAGACACAUUGGCAUCCAUGGGACAAAUUUAACAUUGUGCUCUUCCGAUUUCUGCUUGCUGGGCAAGAGGAUCCCCCUCCCCUCCCACUGUGUUCUAGAUGCUCUCUUGAUCCUCCAGAGCAGAUUUGGGAACUCCAGCUUAGUUGAAUCUGGCCUUCUAGACUAAAGCCCCUUGAUUUCCACGGUUCUGCUCUGCAUACGGCUAACAAUGCGGGUGGCACUGUGGUUUAAACCAUUUAGUCUCUUGGGCUUGCUGAUUGGAAGGUCAGCGGUUCAAAUCCCCGCGACGGAGUGAGCUCCCGUUGCUCAUUCCCAGCUUCUGCCAACCUAGCAGUUGAAAGUACACCAGUGCAAGUAGAUACAUAGGUACCACUGUGGCGGGAAGGUAAACAGCGUUUCCGUGCGCUCUGGCUUCCGUCACAGUGUUCUGUUGCAUCAGAAGUGGUCCUGCUGGCCACAUGACCCAGAAAGCUGUCUGUGGACAAAUGCCGGCUCCCUCGGCCUCAAAGCAAGAUGAGCGCCACAACCCCAUAGUCACCUUUGACUGGACUUAACCAUCCAGGGCUCCUUUACCUUUAACCUUUCAGUGUUGAAUUUCAGUAGAUAAUGACACACCUUUCUAGGCAGUUUUUUUUAAUACAACUUUGCUUGAAAAUAAUAAAUGUUUGCCUCCUUUGACUUGUGGCCGUAUACAUUUCAGCAUAUCAAGCAUCGUCUUCAAGGACUACAGGCUGGCUGGGUAGUUGAAGAAGACACGUUUCAGAGCCAUACACCUUAUGGAUAUCGCACCUUUUCAAACAUCAUCAGCACCCUCAAUCCCCUUGCCAAGCGCCACUUGGUACUUGCUUGCCAUUACGAUUCAAAAUACUUCCCCCCACAGUCGGACGGCAAAGUGUUUGUCGGAGCCACCGACUCAGCGGUGCCCUGUGCUAUGAUGCUAGAAUUGGCACGUUCCCUGGACACGCAGCUUCAUUGUCUGAAGGUAUUUGCUUCUUUUCUGCAUUUGUUUCUGCAUUAACCAUGAACCACAGCGUGGCAACUGACCUUGCAUUUUGUCCUCCGUCCCUCAUCCCACAGAAGGCCGUCACAAAUGGCAAGUCAGAUCUCUCCCUGCAGCUCAUUUUCUUUGACGGCGAAGAAGCUUUCGUCCGAUGGUCCCCUUCAGAUUCUCUAUAUGGCUCUCGGCACUUGGCCCAAAAAAUGGCAUCGACUCCACACCCUCCCGGCGCCGCACAUACAACUCAGAUUCAGGGCAUUGUAAGUGAGAACUUUAUGGAGGGAGAAGGAAGUGGGGUGAGGUGCAUGCACUAAAGUAACUGAUCUAGACAACAAAUCUGAGAAAUAUUGUUUUAUAUAUUUCUCAUUGGUGCAACUGUCUGAAAUGUUUUGAAGCAGGACCAGAAAAAGCCUCUACUUGGUGAAGGAUAUGGGGUAUAUGGAGGCAGAAAAGUGCUUUACAAUCUUUUGAUGGGUAUAGCUAUGGGAUGCAGAGCAUUUUAUUUUCUUUCUUUUUUUUUGCAUGACAUUUUGGGCAUAAUCCAGCCAAAAUUAAGCACUCCAAAGUCUUGUUGAUUUUUAAAAGGGAGGCAAUUUGGCAUGUAACUUACUCUCUCACUGGAAUUGUGGAAGAAAUCAUUUCCAUGUUUCAAAUAGCAGUAUGUAGCCAUUGGGCUGUGUAUGAGCCACUGUCCAUAGUGAAUGUUCAACCAUGUGAAUGGCUGUGUCACAAAAUGUCUCUGGGGGCUUAUCCUCAAUUACUAUUUGCCUCGCUUUUUCCAGGCAUGGGCCCCAGAACUUCCCCACGAAAUCCAGCUCUAAGUGCAACAAAUGGCAAUUUGGGUUUUCCAAAGAUUGCAGUUUGCUCCAAUUCUGCUCUAAAGAGUGGGGGUUUUUUUGUGGGGAAAACUCUGCAGCAAAAAAAAGAAAAAAAGCUUUAAAGUGUGGGUUGGGUCUCGAAAACAGGGGAGGUACGUGUGGCUAAGCCCUGGGUCUGUCAACAGUCCCUGAUUUGGGCCAGUCAGUACAACACAUUUAUAGGGUUCUGUGAGUGACAUUUAAAAGGCCUAUUUCUUUAUUGAUUUCUCAUAGGAUCUUUUUGUGCUACUGGAUUUAAUCGGUGCUCGGAACCCAACAUUCCCCCUUUACUUUCUGAACACAGCCCGGUGGCUGGGGAGACUUGAAGCGAUCGGUAAGAUCAGAUUAUGCAAAACAUAAUGACUUAAAAAACAAUGGUUGCCAUAACAGGAACGCUAAGCUCUUCUAGCUUCAUGUGUGUAGGAGUUAAAUUCUGACUGUAAAUUACUCUCCAAAUUUUACAGCUCUGCAUAUGGCAAUUGUUUUUGCCUUGGGGUGGAAUCUUAAUGAGAAGAAUUAUUUCUGGCUAUUGUACUCACAUAUCAUAUUGUAACCCAUCUCACAUGUUCUUUAUUAAAAUAUUCAUAAGCCUCACAGGAUCAAAUCAUUUAAUAUCAAUGAAUUAAUUCAUUAAAAAAAACAAAGCAGCUGAAACAAUAAACAACCGCCUACAGCUGAUUCACAGCAGAGUUCAUAUUUCAUAAACAUCUGAGACAAUAGCCAAGUUCUUCCUUUCUUUUUCAAGCUUCCAGACCCAACUCUGUAAGAUAAAAAUAUUAGCUGAUAUUACCCAAAUAGUGAGUUUGCUAGCAUGGGAUGCUAGUUGGCCAGCAUUUAGCAGUACAGUUGUACCUUGGAAGUUGAAUGGAAUCCGUUCCAGAAGUCCAUUCAACUUCCAAAACGUUCAGAAACCCAAGCAUGGCUUCUGAUUGGCUACAGAAAGCUCCUGCAGCCAAUCGGAAGCCACAUCGGAUGUUCGGCUUCCAAAAAUAGUUUGCAAACCGGAACACUCACUUCCAGGUUUGUGGCGUUUGGGAACCAAAAUGUUCGAGAACUAAGCUGUUCAAAAACCAAGGGAGGACUGUGCUUCAUAUGAGAAGCCCAAACUGGUUUGUUUUCAACCUGAGAAGUCAUAAAUCAGGGAUGGGGCAUCAUUGGCCUACAAGUCCCUUUAGCACCAGCCCUUGUGGCCAGUGGUCAAGGAUGUGGGAAGUUGAGAGUCCACCAACAUCUGGAGGGCCACAGGUAGUACAUGUGGGGAUGGGUUUUAAUAGGUAGCAGAGCUUAUAUUCAUUGCAAUUUAUUCCUCCCACACAUCUGGGUUGAACAGAGUUUCAAAAUCCCACCCUUGGCAGCAAAAUUAAUAGGAAUUAGGCUGUAAAACCUUGUUUUGAGCAAAUCCAACUAUGAAGUUGGCUUUCCCCCUUUUAACCCGCUUAAGAAUCAGGCGACAACUGGUAAAGUAAGUUUAAAAAUAAGGUUUACUUUAUAAUUAUGCAUUGGAUCACAACAAAGGCAGCAUCAAAUCUAUCAGGCAAAAUAUUUACAGUAUAAGCAGCUUCAGGAAUGUGCCUGGAGCUGCAGCAAGUGGAGACAUAUCUGCAUCUAACACUGGUCAAAGGAAAAGAGGAACAGGAAGUAUUUUGUGUUCCUUCCUCUCCAGGAAAAGGAGGGGAAAUGACAUCACACAGAGCCCUCUCUACCACUUGUAUUUCUGUGGUCUGCCUAUCAACAAUACAGCUCUGUGGUAUUAGCGCCUUCUCAUGCUAACUUGCAAGAAUAUGCAUUUGUUUGGCUGCUUUGUUGUUUGUUGUUUAGUCGUGUCCGACUCUUCGUGACCCCAUGGACCAGAGCACACCAGGCACUCCUGCCUUCCACUGCUUCCCAGAGUUUGGUCAAACUCAUGUCAGUAGCUUCGUUUGGCUACUAAUCCCCCACAAUACAUGGGCUGCAUCAUUCACAAGGUCAUUGUACUGUGUGAAAUUGUGUGUGGGGUGUGUAUUACUCAUUUGUGCAUCAAAGUUAGUCUUCCCUAUCCUUCGAGCCCCACUUGUUGUUAGAUUACACCUCCAUCAUUUCUAGCUAGUGUCUGGGGACCUUGGGUUAGGGAAGGAUGGUCAAAUGUUUAAAACAUUUCAAAUUUAGGGUCUUGGCUUUUUUAACAAAAUAUUGCUACACUGUUUAAACUUUUUUUUAAUUUUUAAAAAACCCCUGCAGAACAAAACCUCGUUGCUUUGGGUUUGCUAAACAAUUACUCUCCUGAAAGGCCCUAUUUCCGGCCUGACUUACGAAGACAUCCAGUAGAGGAUGACCAUGUUCCAUUUUUAAGAAGAGGUAUGACAGCUUUUUAUACAUUAUACUUUUGGCAGCAGGGUCUGAAAGAUGACAACUUGGGGCAAUGGCAGAAGGGAUAUAAGGCAGGCCCUUAUACAUACCUGCAUUAACAUUAAAAUAUAAACAUAAACAUGUUCAGCAUUAACUAAUGAUGUGAUAUUAUUGCAUUUUCUGUAGGGCUUGAAAGGUGGAAAUCAUUUUUUUUAAAGUUAUUAUUUAUAUGGUUGCGUUUCUAAUUUCUUUACCCUCUUACCAGUAAGCGCUGAUCUAAUACUCACUAAAGAAAUAUCACUGGACUAGAAUGCAACACAACAGUGCUAUUGUGUUUAUAUAACCAAGUAAAGUACAUGCCCAGAAGUCCAGUAAUCUCCAGAAUCAUCAUCUUUGUUUUCUUCUCUCCAGGGGUUCCAAUCCUACACCUGAUCCCAGCUCCUUUCCCUAGAGUGUGGCACACCAUGGAAGACAAUGAAGAAAAUCUUGACAAGCCAACCACUGACAACCUCAACAAGAUUCUACAAGUAUUUGUGCUGGAAUAUCUCAAUCUGUGAUGGCACACUGUUGGCUCCCACACAACUCCUGCUCUGUUUUUAAGGCUACCACUGGUUCCUCUUUAGCUGCUUCCAAAAACAGGCUUUUGGAGACUAUAGGAAUAAAAUAGCUUAGUUUUUAAUCUUUGCCCCCUAGAGGAAAUUGGAAAGAAUGGCAAUUCUUCAAGGUUUAGUGGUACACACAACUGUGGGUAAACCAAAUUCUGGCAGUGUGGAAAAUAAACAUUUAUACCAAACUGUUUUCAAGUAGAAGGAAAAACACAACUGUUCAGCUUUCAUUGAAGAAGAAAAAAAUUAAAUGAAAAGGCUUAGUUUCAUUAUGUUACACAAUGAUAUUUAGUACAGUAUUUCAUGAUUUUAGCUACAGCAACAUUCCAAAAAAGGACCGUAUUUUUCGUCCCAUAGGACGCUCCGUCCCAUAGGACGCACCUAGUUUUUUGGGGGGGAAAUAAAGGGAAAAAAAUUCCCCUUUAUUUCCCCCCCAAAACCAGGUCGGGGAACAGCGGGAUGGCGGCGCUGCGCCUCCCCGCUGUCCCCCGAGCUUGUGGGACUGGCCAAUGUCUGCCCGGCACGCGGGGCGCUCUGCUUCAGGACAUCCUGCGCACCGGGCGGCAGGCUGCUAUCCGCAGCCUAGGGAGCCCUGCAGGAAGUCCCGCGGGCUCCCCAGGCUUGCUGAUAGCUUCCUGAAGCCUGGAGAGUGAGAGGGGUCGGUGCGCACUGACCCUGCUCGCUCUCCAAGCUUCAGCGAAAGCCUGUAUUUGCCCCAUAGGACGCACACAGAUUUCCCCUUCAUUUUUGGAGGGGAAAAAGUGCAUCCUAUAGGGCGAAAAAUACGGUAAGUGCUAUUUCCUUUAACAUCAAGUGAUAAUAAUUUAGUGCAUACUUGGUAUGCAGUUAAAUGUGAAUAGAAGAUAGGUGAUGAGAGGAAUCCAUCCUUGUAGCUUAUUUCUUCUAAUAUCCUUCUGUCCAGAUGAAUCUCAUGAAGUGGUCCACUGUAUGAGGUUACAAAAUAAAUGUUCAUUUACUGUGCCAUAAUUUGUAGUCUAACUAGGUAAAAGGCGUCCCUAUGCCUGGAUUACCAUUUUGUACAAGGUGGGGAAGGGGAUAAGGGUCUUUUUAAAAUCAUACUGUUACUACGCAAUGCCCUGAUUGAGUAGCCCUACGAUCAUUUAUCAGGCGAAGGGUCAUCCCAUCUUACUGUGUAAGGCAUUUAUUCAGCAGUGGAAUUCAAGCUUAGAGGUUAAUCAUAGAUGAAGCAACUGCUUGAUGCCUAACUAAAUUCCACUGAACAUAUCAAGUCACCCUGACUCUUAAUGUAACACAUUUUCAGGAUGCAUUUUUAGAUCCUUUUAGAAACACACACAAUGCACAUCAGUGGUAGUAUUUUGCAGAUUUCAUUGUACAGUUCAAUCUCAGACCCCUGCUUUAAUUGUACCAGAAUAGUUUUGCCACUACAGCGAAAACAUCGUCCUCUGAUGGCCUUGGUCAACUCCCAGUUCCUGUCCCUCUUCCCUGUACAUGAACCCACAGAACAUUUCCACCACUAAGAUUCACUGCCUCCCUCCCUCAAUUUGCUUAUUUCCCACCAUCUCCCUUCAGAGUUCGGGCCUGUGUGGGAACAUAAUGCUGCAACUUGUGAGCUUUGUUGCUAUGGCAGGAUGUCUGCAAAUACAUUUGAGCUCCAAUACUUCAAUUACACAAGCAUGGUCUGCAGAAUUAUAUCCUUCUAAAUAGUUGUAACUAUGGGCUUUAGUAUAUGGUAGUGGUGGGAAUUUAUUGCGUACACGUGUAUCCCUCAAAGGAGAACAAGAUGAGACACUUUAUCCUCACAACAAACUGGUGAGAUACGUUAAGUCAAGAGACAAUGACUGGACCAAGGUCACCCAGGGAGCUUUACAGCCGAGUGUUGAGUUUAACUCUAGUCUCACAUGUCACAAUUGAACACACUAUAACCAUUCUCUUUCAUUAUACCCCAAACUUGGGAAUGCAUUUGUUAGAAAGAAUGUUUAAACCUUCAACCAUGUACCAGGCAUGCAGGAUUAAGAGCAUUACCUUAUGGCUGUUGGUAAAUUUUCCACUUUGGAUAGGUGAUCUAACAUUUACACUACCGAGUUAUUCUGAGAUAAAAGUCUGAAGUCUGAUUUGUAUCUAAUUCUUGAAUAUGUAGUGGCCUGGAUGUAGUCUUUAAAAACAGAGCACCAUUCUUUGUGUUUACAUUUGGAUAAGCAAGUGUCUUGUAUAUUGGCACUGAAUAAUAAAAUAAACACUUGUUAAGUCUGUUGGAGCCUGUUUUCUCCCUCACGCUUAG